AUGGUUGAUGCAGAUGAGAAAAAAGCUGGAACAAGAGUCUUCAAGAAAUCGAGUCCAAAUGGAAAGAUAACUACUUACUUAGGAAAGCGAGAUUUUAUCGACUAUGGUAAUUUUGUGGACUUAAUCGAUGGUAUGGUCUUAAUCGAUGAUGAAUAUGUCAGAAGCAACAAAAAAGUUACAGCUUAUUUGUUGGCUGCAUUUCGAUAUGGACGUGAGGAUCUUGAUGUCCUUGGGUUAACAUUUAGAAAAGAUCUUAUAUCGCAGUCUUUUCAGGUAUUCCCUGUCGACGAAACAAAUUCUCGGCCUUAUACUCAUUUGCAAGAACGAUUAAGAAGGAAACUUGGCAAUAACGCAUUUCCUUUUUGGUUUCAAAUACCCCCUUAUUCUGCUUCAAGCGUGACUCUUCAGCCAGCGGUGGGGGACACUGGAAAGCCUUGUGGUGUCGAUUUUGAGCUAAAAACAAUUGUUGGAGCGGCAAAUGGUAGCGAUUUUGACAAACCAAGAAAGCAUAGUUGCGUUCGAUUGGCUAUUCGUAAGCUAACCUAUUGUCCUUUUGAAAGUAAACCGCAGCCAACAGUCGAAGUAACGAAAGACUUUAUGAUGAGUCCAGGCCUUUUGCAUCUUGAAGCUUCACUAGAUAAAGAAAUGUAUUAUCAUGGUGAAUCAAUUGCUGUGAAUGUCCAUGUACAAAACAAUAGUAACCGAACAGUAAAAAAAAUCAAAGUCGCUGUUGCUCAAGUAGCCGAUAUUUGUUUGUUUACUUCGGCUUCUUAUGCUUGUGAAGUAGCAAAAGUAGAAUCUUCUGAAGGUUUCCCGGUUGGGCCAGGUGCAACAUUAUCGAAAGUUUACACUCUUUGCCCUCUAUUAUCAAAUAAUAAAGACAAGCGUGGGUUGGCUUUGGAUGGACAAUUAAAACAUGAGGACACGAAUUUAGCUUCAUCUACGCCUUUGUCGUCGAAAAAUUCUAAAGAAAAUUUGGGAAUUGUUGUGCAGUACAAAGUUAAAGUUCGACUGAAUAUUGGUGGUGCGUUAGGAGGUGAAUUGUCCGCUGAAUUACCUUUCACGUUAACGCAUCCUAAACCUCCGGAAAACUCGGAUAAUUCGGAGACGCCUCGACCAAUUUCCACCGAAAAUAAUGCAGGCUUAGAUGUUGAUUUAAUUCAGCUCGAUACGUUAAAAGCAUGCGUGGCCGAAGAAAACAAUGGAUCGAUAUAG